AUGGUCGAACUGAAGCCUAGCAGCGCUAUCCAGCGUGGUCCUCUCAACAAGGGCGGAUGGGAUGCUCCCCACGCCCUCCACAAUGACGGUGCCAUCGACAGAUACGCCCACUGGAGAACCUUCUACCAGGAACGAUUCAAGUACACACGAGCCACCGGCAAGUCGACUCUGAUCUUCCUGGUCGCUUUCCCCGCUCUGAUCGGUUACGUUGCCUACCAGUCCGAGGGUCUCUUUGAGUUUGCCGGCAAGCGACGUGGAGAGUCAGUCACCACUCGAGGUUAG